GUGGGUCUGCCGGUCCGUGGACUCCUCGGCGCCAUGAAUAUUUUGCCCAAAAAGAGCUGGCACGUCCGGAACAAGGACAAUGUCGCCCGCGUGCGGCGUGACGAGGCUCAGGCCCGGGAAGAGGAGAAAGCGCGCGAACGGAGGGUGCUACUCGCGGAGCAAGAGGCUCGCACGGAAUUCCUUCGGAAGAAAGCCAGGCAUCAGAACUCUGUAUCUGAGCUAGCAGCAGCAGAGGCAGGAGCCUCAGGUUCUGGCCCGGUGGACCUGUUCCGGGAGCUGCUGGAAGAUGGGAAAGGUGUGACCACAGGCAAUAAAGAGUAUGAAGAAGAAAAGCGACAGGAGAAAGAGAAGCAAGAGAAAGCUCUGGGCAUCCUGACGUACCUGGGACAGAGUGCAGCGGAAGCUCAGACCCAGCCUCCUUGGUACCAGCUUCCUCCAGAGCGAGGGGGCCCCCCACCUGGCCCAAGUCGAGAUGACAAAACCAAGAACCACCUAGACCCUCUGCGCGAGAUGCAGAAGCAUUUGGGGAAGAAAAGGCACAGCAGUGACGAUGGUGGUCGCAGCAGGAAGGAAAAGCGGGCCCUUGAGAAACAGCAGCCCAAAGCAUCCCCUUCCCUAGAGCAGCUUCGAGCUGAACGGCUUCGGCGGGAAGCAGCGGAGAGGGCUCGGGCUGAGGCGCUGCUGGCCGGGCUCAGAGGCAGGGUGCCCCCGGAAGAGCAGCCAGAAGAGGAGGCAGACGAUCGUCGCAGGCGAUAUAAUUCCCAGUUCAAUCCCCAGCUGGCGCGGCGCCCCCGCCGGCAGGAAGCCCCACUUGCUCACUGAGUUCUGGGGUGGGUACAGGACAGGCCGCUGCUGCCAGCCUUCAUAUAAAACUAUUUAUUCAUAAA